AUGCCUGGUAGGGCUAACUAGAAUUCUUUUUCAGGUACUAAGGCAACAUAUAAGAAAUAGACUUCCUCCCCUAUACGUACACCUCUUUGAAUACUUUAUAUGAGAUAUUCCCAGAGAAAGGACAUUACCGGGGUAUAAAGUCCCCUUUUCUUGUCCAAUCAAUGGAAUUAUCUGCAUUCUCCUUCCUUGUGAAUUUUCUAAAUUCUCGAGGAGAACAAUGGUGUCAGGGUAUAUUGUUUGAGAAGCGGACUCGUUAUCCCUUCGAUCCCAAUAAUAAGCUAUUUUCCGGGCUUGAUCUCGACUCUUUUGAGUCUAAGAUUGGGCCUUACCUACCAUCGUGGCACCCAGCAAUGGGUCCACCCAUGGUGGGGAGGUUGGCUCAAACUGUGGAAGGGGGAGGGAAAAGGAGACUAUUCGCCAUAGGCAAUUGGGUGAACCAGAGAUUGCUCACUCCAGUUCAUAGUUGGUUGGCUUCAGUUUUGAAACAACUACCUAUGGAUGGGACGUUUAAUCAAACAUCUCCUCUCACUCGAUUGAAGGGCGUGGGCCAAGUAGUGCUUUAUUCAAGCCGGUUACCUAAUCACUAUAAGAUGAUCCUUUACAGGUGAAAAGUACUCCAAAUCCAAAGCCAGUACCACUAACUGACAGGAAGAGAGCCGGGUUGAAAAGCCUUCUUGAAGAUGGCUUUUAGGAUUGGAGUGAAGAAGGACUACCAGUAAAUGGGGCCUACCACAUAAUGCCUUUUGAAGGCAUUUCCUUGCCUUGUCUAAUGAAGAGAAGUGUCCGCCUGCCCUUAACUUAAGAAGAACCUCCCUUAGCUCCUAAGGGAAAAAAGGAAGGAUCAAUUU